AGUGGGGGGCUUUAUGUAGAGGAUGAGGUUGCGCUGAUAGUGAUUGUGUUUUGGCUUCAUUUAAAUCAAUGAAUGUGUGAACAACUUGCCAUAUCAUUAAAGUAUUUUCUAGAUAUGGAUAGAUAGAUAGAAAUAACACAGGAGAGGAGAGGAGAGGAUAGAUAAAGACAUGGCAAAGAAGAAGCUGUGUUUUGUUGGGUCAUUUGUUGUUGUUGUGGUGCUCAACCUAGUCUUUUGCGCAGAAACAUUGAGCAGACAUGAGUUUCCAUUCCCUCCUGACUUUGUUUUCCGUUCAGGAACCACUACUGCUUAUCAGUCAGAGGGAGCUGCAUUCCAAGACGGAAGGACUGCUAGCAUUUGGGACACUUUUGCUCAUGCUGGGAAAGCGCAAGGAGCCACUGGGGACGUAGCAUGUGAUGGAUACCACAAAUACAAGGAAGAUGUCCAACUCAUGGUGGAAACAGGGUUGGAGGCUUAUAGGUUCUCCAUAUCUUGGUCAAGACUUAUCCCUAAUGGAAGAGGACCUGUCAACCCAAAGGGUUUAGAAUACUACAACAAUCUCAUCAAUGAACUUGUCAAACAUGGAAUCCAACCACAUGCUACAUUAACGCACGUUGACCUACCUCAGGUUCUUCAAGAUGAAUAUGGAGGAUGGCUUAGUCGGAAAAUGGUGAGAGACUUCACAGCAUAUGCUGAGGUGUGCUUUAGAGAAUUUGGAGAUAGGGUUUUGUAUUGGACAACAGUGAAUGAGGCCAAUAUAUUUGUAGUCGGUGGUUAUGAUAUAGGAAUAAUACCCCCUCAGCGGUGCUCUUCCCCAUUUGGAAUGAAAUGCGCUGUGGGCAACUCCUCAACUGAGCCAUACAUUGCUGCUCAUCAUAUCUUGUUGGCACACUCAUUAGCUGCAAGAUUGUACAAGAAAAAGUACCAGGGCAAGCAACAAGGAUUCAUAGGGAUAAAUGUAUAUGCUUAUUGGCCUCUUCCUUACACAAAUACAACAGAAGAUGUGAUUGCAGCCCAAAGAACCAAAGAUUUUCUUAUUGGUUGGUUUAUGGGUCCCUUGGUAUUCGGGGAUUACCCUGACAUAAUGAAGAAGAAUGUCGGCACAAGACUUCCUGCAUUUACAAAAAUUGAAUCAGAACAAGUUAAGGGUUCAUUUGAUUUCAUAGGAGUGAAUCAUUACACCACAAUUUACACUAGGGACAAAUCUAGUAGCUUGAAAAUGGAUACCAGGGACUUCAAUGCAGACAUGGCUGUGAAGUUGAUAUAUGAGGAAGGUGAUACAUCGUCAGGUGAGCUGGCUCUUGUACCCUCGGGUCUGCUUGCACUUUUGGAGUACUUCAAGCAAAAUUAUGGAAACCCUCCUAUUUACAUCCAUGAAAAUGGUCAACGGACAUGGAAGAAUGCAACAUUGAGUGAUCCAGGAAGAGUGAAAUAUAUACAAAGUUUCAUUGGGAGUUUGCUUGAUGCUAUGAGGAAUGGAUCAAAUGCAAGAGGGUAUUUCUAUUGGUCAUUCAUGGAUUUAUUCGAGUUAUUAGACGGCUAUGAAUCUUGCUAUGGCCUCUACUAUGUAGAUUUGAAUGACAAGGAUUUGAAAAGAUACCCUAAACUCUCUGCACAUUGGUACUCCAAUUUUUUGAAGGGACAGAGCAUGAAUCUGAAUGGUGCCACUGAAGUUCAGAAAAUGAUAGAUUCCACUCUUUCUCAAUCUCAUUCUUCUCAGUAGCUUUGCUUUGCAUAACUGAAUGCCAGUUUGUUUACUCAAAUGAAUGUUGCUACUGUUUUGUAAUUGGCAUGACCAAGUAUCAUAUAUCUGUCGAUUAUUGUGAGAAACACAAAAUUUGUCAUAAUUUUCAUUUAUUUGUCGAGAGAAGAUUUACUUUCUGAUGGAUUUUUCAAUAUUGAGUUUCCUUUUAA